AUGCCUUUAGGAAAUAAACACAAGGAUACAGUCUGGGAUGGCAUUGUGGAGAAAACAGAAAGGAGAUUAGCAAAUGGUGGAAUUCGUGUGAAGCACAAGGAAGACCUGAUUAUAUUGUCUUGUAAACUAAGAUUCCUGAAACAUAAAUUGAAGGAAUGGAAUACUGCUAAUGGGAGGAAUCUAAAGGCUAAGAAAGCUGAUAUUCUUUACCAGAUUAGCUCCCUGGAUACCAUACAAGAGCAAAGACUGCUAUCAGAGGAUGAAUUACUAUUGAAAGCAAGCUUGAAAAUGGAGUAUGAAGAGGUGGCAAAAAAUGAGGAAAUUUCUUGGAGGCAGAAAUCCAGAAUCUUAUGGUUGAAACAAGGAGACAAGAAUACCAAAUUUUUUCGAAGGAUGGCCAACUAUAGAAUCAAGGAAGAGAUUGUGGAUUUCUAUAAGAAUUUGUACUCUGAGACAGAACACUGGAGACCUUUAUUCAACCUUCAAGAAGGCUCAAUAAUCACUGAAGAUGAUAAUGAUUGGUUGCAGAGCGAAUUUGAAGAACAAGAGGUGUUGGAAUGCUUGAAGUUAUGUGCUGCUGACAAAGCUCCAGGCCCAGAUGGAUACUCUAUGGGAUUUUUCCAAUGCUGCUGGGAAAUUGUGAAAAAGGAUGUGAUGGACACUAUCAGAAACUUUCAUACGAGUGAUUAUUUUGAAAAGAGUUUCAAUGCAACUUAUGUUGCCUUGAUUACCAAGAAAAUUGGUGCCAAAAGUCUUAAAGAGAUUUCAUACCUAUAA